AGAGCCGGCGCUUCCCGCCGGCUCUAGGGCCAGACAAGAAUCUCACCAUACGGCAAGCAGGCCUUCAAUUUUCGACAUCACGGUGUGACGACUAGUUGUAGAUGCAAAUCAAUAUUUGCUUGCUUUUUUUUUUGUCCAGGGAAACCGAUGCCUUUCCUGAAUCACGCUCUAAUAGACAUGCACGGACAAUACCGCUACGCGAAGCCAGUAUUGCCUCACUCUGCUACAUCCACCCUCUCCCUUCCUGGGCCUGUGACUGUGCCUGUGCCCUUCCCGUCCAUUCCACGUUGGCGACAGAUCGUAAGUGCCGUUUUCCAGGCCGGCCAUGCUCUGGUAUCUGCUGCUAUGUUCGACCACUAUCAUAUGCAUGAAAGGGUUAUGCCAAAUUUUGUGUGGUAGUAUCCUCCUCGUGCUCGGGAACUGGGAAAAAAACAACCCAAAACCACUAUGCCAAAGUGGCGAUAAAAUUAUAGAUGAGAAGAACAAGAAAAGAUGAAA